ACAGCAAAAUUUACGAACCCAGUGGCAACUAGGGUUUAACCAAACAUUGAAUACCAAUGAAGAAAAAAGAAAAACCCUAGCCAGGGUUUAUAAUGUGAAUCAAUUCAAACUUCUUUACAAUUGGAUUAAUAAGGGACUGGUUUUGUAAAGAAUGAGCUUAACGGAGAGCAAUACAAUGGACACGUUAAUCUCUUCUCUAUCAAGAAGCUUUAAAAAAGUCCCUUUAUCAGCUAUACCAGCAAUUCUUGAUUGCAUUUUAGCAUCAACAGGCUUAUCUCCAUCUUCACUUUUUGAUUCUUUCCUUCAUGUUACUAAGGAGUUUAUCAAGGAGGAAAAGUUGGACUAUAGUCAUUGUGACUAUCUUAUAUCAAUGGUGGGUGCACUUUGUCAUCUUUUGAAAAAGCCUGGGGCUGAUCCUGAUAGCAUGCAAUCACUUAUCUGGAAAUGUUUCAUUCCAUUGAUGAAGAUGGCUCAUGCACUUGAACGUGAGAUGCUUAACCAGAUUGCAGAGUCAUUCUUUGACGUUGUGAAUGUGACUAAUUCGUGGGAUGUAUUAGAAGCAACUUUGGUUCCUUUUUUCCUAAGAUCAGCUGGUCUUGCAAUGGAUAUGCUUCAAAAUGAAGAAUCGGAUAUCUUUGAAUGGGCUCAACAUUCAGUUUUGUUAAGUGGCCUGAUAGAUGAUUCCAAUUUGGAUAAAGAGUUCAUGCUGUCUCUUUCUGGGUCUUUUCCAUUGCCAAUAUCAUGUCAUGUCUUAGCCAUAAUACUGGAUUCUACUUUACAAAGUUGCAAUGCUGCAUCAAGGACAGAAUCAAUGGUGGAAAAUGGGUCUUCUUAUGCACAAAAGCUGUUCUAUAAAUUACUUUGGGAUCUAUGUAACAUGAGUGAGCGAUUGCUUUUGCAAAGUUUGGAACACCGGUCCUGUGCUACUGGCUUUCUUCUCCCAGUCCUUUUUAAAGCAUUUGUUUCUCAUCACUCUUUGGAAAUCUCAGUUCGGGGGAGGAUUUGUAUUCUUUCUAGAAACCUUUUCUUUAGGAAAAUGUGGAAAUGCUGCAGAUUACUCUUUCCUGUAGGACCUUUAGAGAGAAGAGAUGCCUAUUCUGUAAUCUCUCUAUAUUUUACCUUUUUCUCUUGUACGGAAGGGUGUGAAAAUGCUGGUGGAAGUGUUAGAGCAGAAGAAUUUGAUGUUAGAGCUGAAAAAGAGUUUUGGGAUGAAAUAAGAAAAGGCCUGGUUGAUGCUGAAAGCUUGGUCAGGAAGCAAUCAUUACAUAUAUUGAAAAGAGUACUACAGUUAGGUGCUGGAACCCAGUCCAAUUCUCCUAAUACAGAGAAGAAAUCGCAGGAGAAAUAUUCAAUUCCUAAUGGUAUGACAAAGAGGGCAAUAUGGGCUGACAAGGAAGCUAAAUCACUGGGUGUAGGGAAACUUUGUAACUCCAUGGAUUCUCCUUUAGAUGGUCGGCAGCAGUGGGAGGCAUUUAUUCUUCUCUAUGAAAUGCUUGAGGAGUAUGGUACUCAUUUAGUUGAAGCUGCUUGGGAGCACCAGGUAACCUUGUUGCUUCAGUUUUCAGUUUCAUAUGAUAAUUUUGCAAACUCUAUCUGUGGAAUUCAGCAAAAUCAGACUGCAGUUUUAGGUGAAGUCUUUAGUUGGUUAACGAUUUUAUGGCAACUGGGUUUUCGUCAUGACAAUCCGCAAGUUAGGUGCUUAAUAAUGCAAUCAUUCUUGGGAAUCGAGUGGAUGAAGUAUCAUGAUGCUGCAAAAUCAGUACCUGAAAGUUUUAUUCUUGGUUCAUUUGUUGAAGGAUUAAAUGAUCCCGUGCACCACAAAGAUUUUGGUGUAAAAGGAGUUUACACUUCAAGGACCAUUGAAGCUGCAGCCAGGUUUCUAUGUCAAUAUACAAGAUACCUGAAUGCAAGGAAAGAAAUUGUCUUUUUGCAUAGUUUAGCAUCAGUUGCUAAACAUCAAUCUUUUGGUAGAGCUGGAUUAAUGGGUCUUGCUGAAUGUAUUGCUUCAGCUGCUUGUGGGGUAGGAUUGCGUGAUGGAAAUGAAGCUGAAUGGACUAAAGAUGCUUUGUGUGAUGAGGUCUGGCUGGAUUCUUCUUCAAAAAAGGUUCAUAUUAACAAAACAGACUUGUUGGAUGUUUUGAGAUAUGUCAUCGAAAGCAGCAAACAACAUUUCAACCCUAAAUAUCGUUUUCGAGUUUGUGAGAAAGUUCUGGGGGCUGCUACUUCAGUUGUCAGUACUGUUGAUGUGCCACUUGAGGUUCUCCUGCAUUUCGUCUCAACCUUGCCACGAGAAUUUACUGAUUAUGGGGGUCCCUUAAGAGUGAAAAUGCAAGAAUGGCUUUUGGGGGUUGAUAAGAAACAUUUCAGUUCUGAGAUUCAGCUUCUGAAAAGUCUUCAGGAAUUCCCGGAAAGGUUUACAAGUUCUCAACAUAUGGUUGAUGCUUUUGUUAGUUUUGAUGAUGAAGACUUGGAUGCAUGGGAUUCUGAAGUGAAAAGAUGGGCAAGGGUGCUUUUUCUUGUAAUCAAGGAGGAAAACCAUCUCGUACCUAUAUUCAAGUUUCUUCGCAAUUGUGGAGUUGACAUCUGCAAACAAUGCAAGCAUGCUGGGUGGUCACCUGUAAAGUUUCUUGUCCUUACUGUGAACCUGAUUGCAGAGAUUCGAAUAUUGUGGGAGAGAGAAGUUGAACGUGGUUUCAAAAUUAGAUCUAAUUCAGAAAAUAGCUUGCUUGGGACUAUAGAUCAGUUGGGUUCUGAAGAAGCUUCUGCAAUUAAUGAAAAAUUUUCUGAUCUUUUUCUGUCUAUACUGGAGGAGCUGGUCUCUUUUGCUAGUACGUCUUGUUCUAUAUUCUGGACUAGUUUUGUGAAGGACACAGAUCUUCCUAGUUCAGUGAGAGGAAAACUUGGAGGCCCUAGUCAAAGACGGUUGUCAUCUUCUACUGCUACUGCUGUGUUGGAAGCUAUAACAUCAAUGCGAGCAGUUGCAUCUGUCACAUCCUGGUGUUCACUUUUUAAAAAUGAUGUUCAGCUCAAGUUUGCUUGGUCUUUUAUGUGGAAAUUCUUUUUGAAGACCAAUUCAUCUCUAACAUAUGAUACUGAGAGUGGAGCAGAAGUUUGUCUUGCAGCAUAUGAAGCAUUAGCUCCAGUACUGAGAGCAUUAGUUUUCACAUUCUCUCCACUCGCUUUGGAUCUUAUUAGAGAUAGUGAUAAAUCAUCAUCAUCUGCAGAAGAAAAGGCUUGGUUAGAUCAGUUGGUUCUUUCUUUCCUUCAGAAUAUCAAUAACCUUAUAGCAGUUGGAGUUCUGGUGCGAUCACGAAGGGCGGUUUUGCUGAACUGGAAGUGGCUUUGCCUAGAAUCUCUGCUGUCAAUUCCUCACUAUGCUUUUGAGAAUGGGCCUCAUUUAGUGGACAACAGAUUAUUCUUCUCAGAAGCAGCAAUCAGAUUAAUUUUUAGUGAUCUUGUUGAGAGUCUUGAGAAUGCUGGGGAAGGUUCUGUUUUGCCAAUGCUGAGAUCUAUCAGGUUGACCUUUGGGCUUUUGGCCUCUGGAAAUUCAGGUUCACUUGUUUCCUCAUGCAACGGUGUGGAUGCCCAGAUGAUGUGGCAUUUGGUUCGUUCCUCUUGGAUGCUGCAUGUCAGCAACAACAAGCGGAGGGUUGCAGCUAUUGCUGCAUUAUUGUCUUCUGUUUUGCAUGCUUCUGUAUUUGCUGACGAGGCCAUGCAUACAAAUAACAAUGGACCUGGACCUUUAAAGUGGUUUGUUGAAAAUAUUCUUGUGGAAGGUACAAAAAGUCCUCGUACUAUUCGUCUUGUAGCGUUGCAUUUAACAGGGUUGUGGCUUUCACAACCAAGGAUGAUGAAGUACUACAUAAAAGAACUAAAGCUGCUCACACUCUAUGGUUCUGUUGCAUUUGAUGAAGAUUUUGAAGCUGAAUUAGCUGAAAAUCGUGAUGCAAGGACUGAAGUUUCAUUAUUGGCUAAAUGCCCAGAUUCUGAGCUGACUGAAGCAUUUAUCAAUACAGAAUUGUAUGCACGUGUAUCUGUUGCAGUUCUACUCAACAACCUGGCUGAUUUGGCCAAUUUGGUGGGAUCAGCAAAUGAAAAUGAAGAUUGUUCUGCUGCUCUUGAAUCUGGCAAGAUAUUUCUGCUAGAGCUUCUUGAUUCCGCGGUAAAUGACAAGGAUCUAGCAAAAGAGUUGUAUAAAAAGUAUAGUGGGAUCCAUAGGCGUAAAAUUCGUGUCUGGCAAAUGAUAUGUGUUUUGUCGAGAUUUGUCACUGACGAUAUAGUUGGGAAAGUUACAUGUAGCCUGCACAUUGCCCUUUAUAGAAACAACUUACCUGCAGUUCGGCAAUACCUGGAGACAUUUGCAAUUAAUAUUUACUUGAAGUUUCCGACAUUGGUUGGGGAACAACUAGUUCCUAUAUUACGAGAUUAUGACAUGAGGCCACAGGCACUAUCUUCUUAUGUGUUCAUAGCAGCAAAUAUCAUUCUCCAUACAUCUAAAGCAUUUCAAUCCAGGCAUUUGGAUGAAUUACUUCCUCCUAUACUUCCAUUAUUGACCUCUCAUCACCACAGCUUGCGAGGUUUUACUCAGUUGCUUGUGUACCAAGUUUUAUCUAAAAUUUUAUCUCCACUGGACUGCGGAGCCUCUGAAACUACGGAUUUGGAGAAAAGGUGCUUUGAAGAUUUGAAAUCAUACCUGGCAAAGAACCCUGAUUGUAGGCGCUUACGAGCAUCAAUGGAAGGAUAUCUUGAUGCCUAUAAUCCAAUUGUCUCUGGUACUCCAACUGGAAUUUUUAUCAACCGGGUUGAGGAACUUGAAUUUGAAUGCGUCCCAACAUCCCUCUUGGAGGAGGUCCUCAGCUUUCUAAAUGAUGUUAGGGAGGACCUCAGAUGUUCAAUGGCAAAGGAUGUUAUAACUAUAAAAAAUGAGAGCUUCAAAAUUGAUGAAAACCCUACCUGCAGGAGAACAUUACCUAAGGAACUCCUUGAAGAAGCAUCAUUGGAUUUUCAGAAAAAAAUUACUCCAAGUAAACAUGAGAAAAAAGAUGCUGAUUCCAGCUCCAUUUUGGGAAGCAAUGCGUACAAACAACUUUUAGAAAUGGAAAAGGAAGAUGAACUUCUUGACCAGUCAUUACAAUCUAGAAUUUUGACCAUGGAAAGAAUAAGAGCAAGUCGACAACAUCUUAUCCUUGUGGCAUCAUUCCUUGAUCGAGUACCCAACCUUGCUGGCUUGGCACGGACAUGUGAGGUAUUUAGGGCAUCAGGUUUAGCCAUUGCAGAUAAGAGCAUACUACAUGACAAGCAAUUCCAGCUCAUCAGUGUAACAGCAGAGAAGUGGGUUCCCAUUAUAGAAGUUCCAGUAAAUAGUGUGAAGCAGUUCCUUGAGAAAAAGAAACAAGAAGGCUACUCUAUCUUGGGAUUGGAGCAAACAGCCAAUAGUGUGUCCCUCGAUCAGUUUGCCUUUCCUAAAAAGACGGUCCUGGUGCUUGGGCGUGAAAAGGAGGGUGUUCCUGUUGAUAUUAUCCAUAUACUGGAUGCUUGCAUCGAGAUUCCUCAACUGGGAGUGGUCAGGUCGCUCAAUGUUCAUGUUAGUGGAGCUAUUGCUCUUUGGGAGUAUACUCGACAGCAAAGAUCUCAAUAAUUCUUCAACUUUGAUGUGAUCUUCUUUUAAAGAUAUUUUAAGAAGCACAUCUACUCGACAUCUUCAGUGCUAACUAGAGGGUGACUUUACUGUUGUAAUUUUUUGUUUACUAUUUGUCCAGUUCCAAGGUUGUAAUGUCAGAUUAGUCCGUCUUCUAAUUGUUGCCCUUGUAUGGAAGGCUGCUGAAGAAAAAUUGCAUUAAAUUCUAGUAACUUGAAAUCUGAGACAUGUUGAGUUCUUUGUAAAAUCAAACUCCAAGUGGUGAGAAAAUUAUAUGGACUUUUAAGAGGAUAAGAACAACCUGAUAUUCCUUGGUGGAUUAA